GACGGGCAGAGCGAAACAGUUCCGACCCGACCGCCGAGCCGACAUCACGUACUUUCGCGCAGUGCAGUGCUAUGUGCCCAAGCGUACUUUAGGUGGCUCCCGCGAUACCGGUUUUCAAGCUGCGUUCGGGUGGCAAGAGAAUACACACUUAACCCCACAACUCCGAAAUGUAAUUGGGGACCCAGAACUCCUUUGUUAACGGCGUGUGAUACCACUCUUCACGUUGGAUACCCAGCAGAAGCACUCUGAGCUAUACUAAAUCCUUAGAAUAAACGCAACCAAAAUGACUGCCAGAGACCUCACUCCCCAGCAGGGAUUGGGCUUCUUGGGACUGCUGAUCCUGCUCUGCUCGGCGGUUUUGGGCAAGUCGCAAAUGUGCGAGGUGGAAACCGGCCAAACGAACAUCAUUCUGGACAUCGAGGAGAGCCGGGAGUCCUUCAUCGGACAGCCCACCACGCCGCCAGAGCUUCCAAUUUUCGGCGAUCCGGAGACGGAAAUCGCCCUGAACUUGGUCUUCCCGAAAGGCCAGCCGAUCUUUCAGCUCAGCGGCAAGAGACUGCAACUGCUGCAGCCCCUGGAUCGCGACGAGGAGAACCUCAGCCACAUUGUCUUCCAGGUCUCCUGCACCAUUAGGUCGACAAACAAGAAGCGCACCAUUCCCAUUAUUGUUCGGGUGUCGGACAUAAACGACAAUGCGCCGCGCUUCAUGAACACGCCCUACGAGGUUACCGUUCCCGAGAGCACUCCGGUGGGAACCACUAUCUUUCGGAACAUCCAGGCCCUCGACAAGGACGCCGGCGUCAACGGGCUGGUGGAGUACUUCAUAGCCGAGGGCGGUGCCAAUGCCACCGACAUCGAGAAGUACUCUGCCGAUGGCUACGGCACCUUUGCCAUAUCCUUUCCCCACCAGGGCCAGGUUACGGUGGCCAAGACUUUGGACUUUGAAAAGAUACAAACCUACUACCUUACCAUUGUGGCCUCGGAUCGGGCGCGCAAUACCGCAGAUCGCCUGUCGUCGACCACAACCUUGACGGUCAACAUAGCCGACUCGAACGACCUGGAUCCGUCGUUCAUAUACAGCGGCUGCGCCUCGCUCGACGGGGCCUGCAUAAAUCCGGAGUACUCGGCCUCGGUGCCGGCUGGCUCCCUCUUGGGCGUCCUGACAGUGCUGCCCGAACGCAUCCAGGCGGUGGACCUGGACACCAUAAACUCGCCCAUCCGCUAUAGCUUCGCCAGCGGAAUGCCCGGCAACUACGCCGACUACUUUCAGAUCGAUGAGAGCACGGGGGUGCUGAAGCAGACGAAGGCCAUAGAUACUUCGACGGCAAAGAAGUAUGACAUCAUAGUGAAAGCAGAGGAGCUUUCGCCGGGUCCCCAGCGCUUCACCACCGCCAAGCUGGAAAUUUUCGUGAAGCCCGUCGAUGCCAACCCGCCCGUGAUAUCAUCCUCACAGACGGAGGGCUAUGUGGACGAGAACUCGCCGAUCGGCACCCGCGUCUUGGACGCGAGUGGUAACCCUAUAUCGUUCAAAACCACAGACGCCGACCUGAGCGACAGCGACCCGAGGCCAGACUACAUAUACGAGCUGACCACGCCGUCGUUCAAUGUGACCGCCGACGGCGUGCUGAUAGUGAACGAGGACAACCUCGACCGCGACCCUCCGGCGCCAGGACGCUUCAAGUUUCAGGUGGUGGCCCGGGAGCCGCGCACCAAUGCGGCCAGCGCUCCGCUGAGUCUCACGGUCCAUCUGCGCGACGUGAACGACAAUGCGCCCAAGCUGGCGAUGGUGCCGCCCAUCUCCAUAACGGCCGGGGAUCAGAGCGAAAGCCGGCUGGUCACCCAGGUCGUGGCCAGCGACAACGACGAGGGCCCCAACGCCGUGGUCACCUACUCCAUUUACCAUGUCUCCAACAACGGCAUUCAGAAGUUCACCAUCAACGAGACCACCGGUGAGAUCCGAACCCAAGGACGUCUGCUGGCCGGCGAGCAGUAUAGCAUCACCGUGCAGGCCACCGACAUCGGAGGACUGUCCUCCCAGGCGAUCGUGGAGGUCAGCGUGACCCCGGGACCCAAUACGAAGCCCCCGCGUUUCCAGAAACCCAUCUACGAGGUGCAGGUCAGCGAGGGUGCCGAGAUCAACUCCACGGUUACGGUGGUUCACGCCGAGGAUCCGGAAAACGACGCCGUUGUCUACUCCAUCAUUUCGGGCAACGACCUGCGCCAGUUCGCGGUGGGUCAGGAGAGUGGGGUGAUCGUGGUGAUAAGGAAGCUGGACCGCGAGAGCCUGACGCGCUACCAACUGAUCCUGAAGGCCGAGGACACUGGAGGACUCUCCAGCAGUGCCACUGUGAACAUCAAGGUAACGGAUAUCAACGACAAGAACCCGGAGUUCGAUGCCUCCACACUGCCCUAUGUCUUCCAAGUGGAGGAGGGCAAGGCGCAGGCUUCAGUGGGAGUGGUCUAUGCCACCGAUGCCGAUGAAGGUAUCAACGCGGAGAUUACCUAUUCCAUCCCCACCGACAUACCUUUCACCAUAAACGCCACUUCCGGGGAGAUCCUAACUGCCAAGGAGCUGGACUACGAGCAGUUGAAUGAGUACAAGUUUGUGGUCACGGCCAAGGAUGGAGCUCCCGAUGCCCGACUGGGAACGGCUAGUGUGACGGUGAUGGUACUGGACCUGCCGGAUGAGGUGCCCAAGUUCAGCGAUGCCCGCAUAGAUGUACACAUUCCGGAGAACGAGGAGAACUACCUGGUGGCCACUGUGCAAGCCUUUGAUCCGGACACGGUGCCCGAGAUCACCUAUGUGCUGAGGAAGGGCGAUGCAGAGCUCUUUAAGGUCUCGGAUAAGACGGGUGAGGUGAGGACCCUCAAGGGGCUGGACUACGAGAGCCAGAAGCAGCACCAGCUGGUCAUUGGCACCAUAGAGAAUGAUGGCGAUGGGCCCGGGGACACGGUUCUCCUGGUGGUGGAUGUGGAGGAUCGCAACGAUCUGCCGCCGAGGUUCAUAACCGUUCCGGAUCCCGUGACCGUGAAUGAUGACCAGAGCAUCGGAACCGUCAUAGCCACUCUCCCAGCCAUCGAUGGCGACGGCACUUCGCCGGGCAAUGUGGUUCGCUACGAGAUCGUGGGGCGCGGCAAGGCACCCAAGUACUUCCAAGUGGACCCCGACACGGGGGCUGUGCGGAUAAGGGAUGAGCUGCGCAAGGAGGAGGACACGGAGUACCAGGUGGACAUAAGAGCCUACGACCUGGGGGAGCCCCAACUAAGCUCGGUGGCUCCGCUGCGGGUGGAUGUGCAUCACCUCCUGGCCAACGGCAACAACGAAAUCAAGUUGGACAACAAGUUGGAAGGCGGGAUGGGCAUGAGCAGCGAAAGUAUAGGCCUGGCCUUCAGCGAUGACAGCUACACGACCAGUGUGCCAGAGUCCAUGGAAACGAACAGCUCGCUGAAACUCAUUCAAAUAGUGAACUCCAAGGCAUCCACAGAUGGACCGCCGGCCUUCAAGUGCGAGUUCGUCCAGGGCAACGAAGAGGGCAUCUUCAACCUGACCUCCGCCGAUCACGGUUGCAACCUGCUGCUCAUCCAGCCCCUGGACUUUGAGAACAAAACCUCCUUCACCCUGAAGCUGCGCCUGACCUCGCACCGCUACUUUGUCAAUCCGCUGAAGGACACCGCCACCGUGGAGAUCAUAGUUCAGGACGAGAACGACAAUGCCCCCGAGUUCGAGUUUAAUAGGCUGCGCGGCCAGCAAGACACCUUCUACACGGUGGUGACCGAGGAAAUGGAUGUGGACACAACCAUUUUGCAGGUGCGGGCCACAGAUCGUGACUCGGGUAAAUUCGGCACCGUUCGCUACACCCUCUACGAUGAUGACGAAAGCCGUGCUAAUAUGCCCACCAGCUUCUUCGUGAUGUCCGAAGACACUGGCGUUCUGAGGACGGCCAAGCAUUUCAAGAGCGAGAACGACUUUCCCCUCACGUUUUUGGUGGAGGCCCGUGACAGCGAUGCCCAGGAGCAGGGCUCCCACCGCACGAGGGCCCGCAUAGUCGUCAACAGGCUGGCGGAUAUCAAUCGCAUGGCUCUGUCCUUCCCGAAUGCGGCGCCCAGCGAUCUGCGCAACUACUACACCGAGCUGGAGGAGCUGCUGGACAAGAGGACCGGCCUGGCCAGCGGUAUUGAGCGCAUGAGCAGCCAGAAGUAUCUGGCCAAGAACGGAUCGGUGAUCGAGAAUCCGGCUGCCACGGACAUAUGGUUCUACCUGAUCGAUCCCAAGACGGAGCAGCUGGUGAGCCGCAAGGACAGCGUCGUGGAGGCCACUUUGCUGGAACCAGCUGCCAGGUCUGAGCUAAACAUCGCCCUACCAAGGGCCACAGCCGAGGGUAUUUCCUUUCCCCUGGAACGAAAGGAACAGGUUCAUAAGGUCAAGGCCGCUGUGGCCAUCGACAACGAAGUCUUUCCCUUCACCCUUAUUGCCAUAUCCCUUGUCAUACUGAUUCUGGGCACCAUUGGCAUCAUAUACAUAUGCAUUUCCUGGUCAAAGUACAAAAACUUCAAGCAACGCAUGCGCCAGUACUCCUCCACGAACCCCACCCGGUAUGACCCCGUGAUCGUGAACCAGCAGGCCUCGAAUGCCAGCGAAACCAUAGCCAACAUGAAGGAGUACGAGACCCAGAUGCUGGCCAUGGCAGUGCCCCCGGAUGUGGACGACGAUCUGCAGCUGGACUUCAGUGCCAAGAACCACGCCUUCUCGCUGGACAAUGUCAGCUACAUAACGCACAAGGAGAACACCAACGGGGGCGGCCAGUCGAGUCCGUCCCACUCGGACGCCACGACGGCCACGAUUGCCACUCUGCGCCGCCACAAGAACCUGAACAACGCCAACAUGAACAACAACCUGGCCAUCAACAACAGGCAGAACACCUUCAAUCGCACCCUGGAGAUGAACACCCGCAACAACGCCAAUCCCCUGGGGUCUCCCCCUGCCAAUGGUGCCCUUUCGGGCACCCUGACUUUGGGUCGCAUCAAGCACCAGAACAGCAAUCACUACCAGAACGGCGCCUACAACGCGGACCCGGCUGGUGCGAAUAACAUGGCCCAUGCCAAGAACAAUGCCUACAGCACGAUGGGCAGGCGGGGCAACACCUUCGGCGACGUGGGCCUGCUCAACGGCAAUGGCGAGCUGAUGAACGCCACACUGGGUCGCAACGGCCAGCUCAACAACCGACUCUACGGCGGAGAGGUGCCCAUCACCAACCCCCUGUUUCAGAGAUCCAGCUCUGAUCACAACCACCUGAGCAGCACAAACGAGAACGUGUCCUUUGGCAAAAGGGACUACGGUCAAAUAGGCUUUUCGUAUCUUAACGAUUUGGACAGAUCGGAGGUUGAGACCACCACGGAACUGUAGGGUAUAUUGACUAGGAAGGGCGGUUCCAACUUAUAACAGACUUUGUUAAUACAUUUAGCUGCCAAUUUAUAUUUGUAAUAGUGCAUUUUAACAACGAGAGCGGUUGCCAUCCAAUUAUGAUCAUAGCAUAUGCAAUCUGUACAUAUUUUAGUGGAAAUACUGAAUGGAGGAACUGAUAACUGAUAUAUUUAACUGUGCUUUAAGAUCAAAUAAUUACAGUCAUUACUUUUAAGACAAGAGCGAGUGCAUAUUGUAUACUUUUUAAGAAACCGCCAAUGCUAGGCAUUGUUGAAUAUAUGUACAUGCAUGAACUUAUCAAAAUAUUAAGUUGUAUUAAUUAUGAAAAGCCAAUAAAUGUAAAUAAGUAAUUCAGAAA